GCCGGCACAUCGGGGAAGGGAGGUACCCAGCCCGACCAGUCCCAAAGGGAGGGGCACCGGACCACCGCCCCCCACAUAUUAACUUGAUCGUGUGGAGUCAACGUUUGCGCAUAACAGAUGAGGCCAUGUUUUAAAGUGCUCUCUAUUCUCGUAAAUUGGCAAACGUACGCCGUGACGUCAUUUCCCGGUCGGCUUUUCUGAGCCUUCUUGCGAGCCGUCGGUCGCCACGGCAACGCUGCCGAUGGCCGCCAAGGAGCGAACUCCCUUCUCCGUCUGCAGCGUUAAACGCGGCUCACUUCUGCUUUGGAUCCGUUUUUCCGAACACUAGAGCCGCGUCCUAAAAUGGCGCCGAAGCUCCCUUUUACCUCCUCCUAGUGUAAAACAACAACAACAACAAAAGUGACGCUUACACAAAGACGUCGGAGCUGUCCCUCAACCGAGUUUUGUGUUCAAACGGCGACAGUGGCGCGUCACAGCGGACAACGAGUUGAUCCACGACGACGACGACGAAGAGGAAGAAGACAAUAGAUGGACGUGAGCCCAGAAGAAGAAACACAACAAGAGGCGCAACAACGUCUCUCUUUUUUUAUGCUGACCUCUGACACCAGACAUCCUGCACGUGUGACCUUCAUGGUGGCUGAGAAUGAGCGUUGUUCCUGUUUUUGGAUUGGCCGUGCCCCUGCCCGCCAUCAUCAUGAUGGGCGUCACACUCUACAUGCUCGUCCUGGCCCUCGUCCUCUGGAUACGAUUCUGCCUCAAGGAGCGCUGCUCGCCGGCGUGCGAGUCGUGCUGUCCGAGCUUCUCCGUGUGGGAUCGCUGUUUCAGACUGGCGCAGUCGUGCGACUGCCGGCCGCCGACGGUGCGCUCGUGUCUGACGGGUAUCGGCUCGGCGCCCUCGGUUUCCAAGUGGGAUUGCGCGUGCACGUGUCAGCCCCCAGACUGCGAGUCGUGCAACUGUCUGUGCUUCGAGAUCCGCAUCAAGUAGUCCUGCACCGCUCUCCAGACGCACAACAAUUUUGAAAGACUAUCAUUUAACGCAGCUGGACUCAACACAUGUCAAAGCAAGUGGACUGAAUGCAUUUAACAUCAUUUCCAAGUGUAUUCAACAUGAAUGGACUGAAGUGAACCUGGAGCAGAACAUCGAACCAAACACAACACUGCAAACGACACAUGCGUGUCAAUGUGCCAUCUUGCUGUUUCUCUUUUGAGUGUGACAACAUUCUUGAGUGCACGAAGUCCCAUUGAAGUGCCAUUUAGUUUGUUUUAUUACAACCCCAAUUCCAAUGAAGUUGGGACGUUGUGUUAAACAUAAAUAAAAACAGAAUACAAUGAUUUGCAAAUCAUGUUCAACCUAUAUUUAAGUGAAUACAGUACAAAGACAAGAUAUUUCAUGUUCAAACUAAUAAACUUUAUUGUUUUUAGCAAACAAUCAUGAACUUAGAAUUUUAUGGCUGCAGCACGUUCCAAAAAAGCUGGGACAGGUGGAAAGUUGAGGAAUGCUCAUCAAACACGUGUUUGGAACAUCCCGCAGGUGAACAGGCUCAUUGGGAACAGGUGAUUGCUUUCCUGAAUUGCUCAGUCAUUCACAAGCCAAGAUGGGGCGAGGUUCACCUCUUUGUGAACAAGUGCGUGAGAAAGUAGUCCUCAACAGUUUAAGGACAAUGUUCCUCAACGUACAAUUGCAAGGAAUUUGGGGAUUUCAUCAUCUACGGUCCAUAAUGUCAUCAAAAGGUUCACAGAGUCUGGAGAAACCACUGCAUGUAAGCGGCGAGGCCGAAAACCAACAUUGAAUGCCCGUGACCUUCGAUCCCUCAGGCGGCACUGCAUCAAAAAAUGACAUCGAUGUGUAAAGGAUAUCACCACAUAGGCUCAGGAACACUUCAGAAAACCAAUGUCAGUAAAUAAAGUUCGGCGCUACAUCCGUAAGUGCAACUUAAAAAACUCUACUAUGCAAAGCAAAAGCCAUUUAUCAACAACACCCAGAAACGCCGCCGGCUUCUCUGGGCCCGAGCACAUCAAAGAUGGACUGACGCAAAGUGGAAAAGUGUUCUGUGGUCCGUCGAGUCCACAGUUCAAAUUGUUUUUUGGAAAUUGUGGACGUCGUGUCCUCCGGGCCAAAGAGGACAAGAACCAUCCGGACUGUUAUGGACGCAAAGUUGAAAAGCCAGCAUCUGUGGGGGUCUGUUAGUGCCAAUGGCAUGGGUAACUUACACAUCUGUGAAGGCACCAUUAAUGCUGAAAGGUACAUACAGGUUUUGGAGAAACAUGUGCUGCCAUCCAAGCAAUGUCUUUUUCAUGGACGCCCCGGCUUAUUGCAGCAAGACAAUGCCAAACCACAUUGUGCACGUGGUACAACAGCGUGGCUUUAUAGUAAAAGAGUGCGGGUACGAGACUGCGGCACCGCAUUAUGAAGCGUAAAAACGGAGACCCCGGACAGUUGAACAGCUGAAGCUGUACACGAAGCAAGAAUGGGAAAGAAUUCCACCUACAAGGCUUCAACAAUUCGUGUCCUCAGUUCCCAAAUGUUUAUUGAAUGUUGUUCAAAGAAAAGGUGAUGCAACACCGUGGUAAACACGAGCCUGUCCCAGGUUUUUGGGAACGUGUUGCAGCCAUAAAAUUCUAAGUUGAUGAUUAUUUGCUAAAAACAAUCAAGUUUAUGAGUCUGAACAUGAAAUAUCUUGUCUUUGUAGUGUAUUCAAUUCAAUAUAGGUUGAACAUGAUUUUGAAAUCAUUGUAUUCUGUUUUUAUUUAUGUUUAACACGUCCAAACUUCAUUGGAAUUGUAGACACCUGUAGCACAUUUGACUCAUUACAAAUCCCAAAAGUUUGUAUUUUUUUACACUUUAUAAACAAACCCUUAAAUGUUUAAAAGUGUGACUUUCUGUUUGACCUGAUAAGUGUUGAUGUGUAAUCGAUUGUUUGUCUCAAUGCAGAUCUUUUUGUGUGUGAACCAGGUCAGCCGUACACUUUGAAAUUGUUGGACAUUAACGUUCAUUUAUUAAGGACAGUGUUUACACAAAUACAUGUUUUGACCCAAAACCUUUUCGUCAAGAGGAAGCACUUUAUUUUCACAUUAUCUGGAAAGCUUGCUUGGUGUCAGGAGAAUGCAAGGUUCGAGGUUAAAAGAAUGACUUUCACAUUGUCUUUGGGACAUUUGCUGUUUCAUUCAGUGGCACAGCACCAUCAGGAUG